UUUCAGUGAGAGUUUGCGAUCCCGCGGGUACGGUCGAGACUAACGGGAUUUUCGAUUACUGUGGCGCAACCCGUUUCCGUAUCGAGUUUCGUGUUGUGCGUUCCGCUGCGUGCAGCUAGGCACACGAAAUAAUAUUAGUAAAAAAUAUGUAAAGAGUUGGCGAAUGUUUCAUUAAUUCUUUGAGAUGUGAAACGCAACAAAAUGUGGCUGUCGACAUUGCGCAUACGACGCGUUAGUUACACUUGAAAUUAAAAUACAUAAAAAAAACUCUGAAAGAGAAUCCCAUAAAAGAGCCGAAAUCCAAAAUUUAAAACGUGUCGCGAUUUUUGAACGUUUCUUUUGGUGCGUUUAUUGUCGCGUGUGCCGCCUAUACUUUACACUUUACUAGCUGGCAAAAUCCUCCACGAAAAUUUGUAAAUGGACGUAAAUAAAAAUGUCAAAUUAAAUCAAAUCAAUAUAUGCACAAAUAAGCCCAGUUAACAACAACAACAGCAACAAAUGAUUGUGGUGUGCGAAUGUGAAUUCCAGUAGCGCCCGAAAGUAGGCAACGAAAACUGCCCGACGUUUUGCCAUUGGCAUUGGCGAGCAGCACCAACGGCAGUCGCAGUUCAGACCGAGGCUGCUCUAUAGCCAUACUGUAGCACCUAGGACAUACACACACAAGCACAAUCAAAGCGCAAGGCAACCAUGUGCCUGGCUGUCAGCUGCCUAUUGUCCUUGCUGCUGUGCCUCGUCCUGCCGGCGUUCAACGGACAUGCAGCGGCAGCAACACGUGCUCGCGUCAGCUCUUCAACGACAAUGACACGAAAUAUUGAGGAGGAGAACGCCUUGCUAAAUCUUUUGGCUGGUCCCCCCGUUCUGUCGGAAUCCAUAAUUGGCACAAUGGGACGACUGCCCUGCAAUGUGACCCCACCCAUCUAUGAGGAUCGUGUGGCUUUGGUAAUUUGGUACAAGGUUGGACUCAAAACGCCAAUAUAUAGCGUGGAUACUCGCGACUCGAACUUUGCGCAGGGCACGCACUGGUCAGAUGAAACGUAUCGGGAGCGGCUAUCCUUUCACGUGGAAGGACGUGCCGGCACGCUGACCAUCAAGUCAACAACAGAGGACGACACGGGCGAGUAUCGCUGUCGUGUCGACUUUCAAAAGAGCCCUACACGCAACUCCAAAGUGAAUUUAACUGUCAUAACUCCGCCUGAAUCUAUCAUCAUUCUGGACAGCAAGGGUGCCACCAUCAAGGAUCAUACACUUGGACCCUACAAUGAGGGCUCCAGUGUGAACGUCACGUGCGUGGCCAUUGGCGGUCGACCGCAGCCAAGGGUUACCUGGUGGCACGGCAAUACAAUGUUCAAUAGCUCCGGAGUGGGCCACCCGCUCUCAGAGCGACGGGUGGGCAAUGUUCUGUCGCUGGCCAAGCUGAAGCGCAAAAAUCUCCACAUGCAGCUGACGUGCCGGGCGGAGAACAAUAAUUUGACAACGCCAAUUAUCAGCAGCAUUGUCCUUGACAUGAACUUGCGUCCUCUCAUUGUCAAGUUGCAGGACGAGAAUCGUCCGCUUUCGGCGGGAAACUCUUAUCAGCUCAGCUGCGUCGUCAUCGGCUCACGUCCAGCGCCAACGGUUACCUGGUGGAAGGGCAGCACGCCCAUGAAGAAUACGCAUGAAAUUGCCAAUCCAGAUGGUAAUAUGACCACAUCGGUGCUGACAUUCACGCCCACCAUCGACGAUCGCGGCAAGUUUCUAUCCUGUCGUGCCGAGCAGAGCAUGAUACACGAGUCGGGCAUGGAGGAUGGCUGGAAAUUGGACAUCUAUCAUAUACCCGUUGUAAGCCUGGAACUGGGCACAAAUUCUCUAAAUGCUACGCUGCGAGAGGGCGUAGACGUGUUCUUCGAGUGCAACAUUAAGUCAAAUCCCUGGAUCCACAAAGUCAGCUGGCGACAUAAUGGCGAGGAACUGGCGAAUAAUCCCGCCGAGGGCAUCGUCGUGGCCAACCAGAGCCUUGUGCUACAGAAUGCGAGCCGUGCCAGGACUGGCAUCUAUACCUGCAUUGGCAGCAAUCGGGAAGGCGAUGGCGAAAGCAAUCCCGUCCAGUUGGAUAUCCGCUUUGCGCCUGUGUGCCGUGCCGGGCAACGUACCACUUACAGUUCGGGCCGUCAUGAGACCGUCAAAGUUGCAUGCGAAAUCGAUGCCAAUCCCGCGGAUGCAACAUACAUCUGGAAAUUCAAUGCAACACAAGGCGAGACGGCUGAUAUACCCGCAUCGCUGGUUGCCGUGGACCGUGGACGCAGCGUCGCCCACUACACGCCCAUGGUGGAGAACGACUACGGCACGCUUCUGUGCUGGGCCAGCAACGAAAUUGGCGAUCAAAGCGAACCCUGCGUGUACACAAUAACGCCAGCAGGCGAACCGGAUCCGUUGGUAAACUGCACGCUGCUCAAUCAGACAUCGUCGGGCUUUCAAAUCGAAUGCAUUGAGGGCUUUGAUGGGGGCCUGCAGCAGGACUUUAUCAUGGAAGUUUAUGUGAAUGGAACGACGCGCUUUCCAAAAAUUUACAAAUCAAAGAAGCCGUACUUUGAGGUGAGCGGUCUAGUGCCCGGCAUGGGCUACAAUGUCUUCCUCAUAGCGCACAACAGCAAGGGACGCAGCAAUGCGACCAUAUUGCAGGUCUACACACUGAAGGAUCCGGAGAAGCAAACGGUUAAAAUAACAUUUACCAAGUCCUAUCAAGCUCUUAAGCCUGCUUAUGGCCCAACAGCAACAGCAACAGCAGCAAUCACUACCAGUACAUCAAAGCCAACAACAAGUGAUUGUGCUUGCGAAGAUGAUAAGUUUGUGGGCGUGGGCAGAGGGGCGUACGAUGAAGACCAAUCGCCUGCCUAUGGGCACGUCAUCGAGGACAUCCGGCCAUUCCUUGGCAUACUGGCUGGUAUUGUGGGCAGCGUAUUUCUGGUCGCAGUCAUCAUAGUCGUCGUGGUGCGUGUGCGCGGCUCGUCGGGACGCGAUCGCAAUAAUUACUCGCAUCCGGGCAACGGGGGCAGCAGCACAGCCAACGGCAACGGUAACCUCGGCAUCCUUGGCAGCAACAACAAUGGCAGCCUGGGCAUCGGCACACUAGCGCACAAUGGGGGCCAAUCAGUGCAGGAUAUGCAUCGCAUUGGCCGGGAGACGUGUCACGUGACGAGCAGCCUGGAUAGCAUUGAUAAGAAUCCGGACAUAAUACCACAAGAUGGACAUGAUGUGGACGAUGAGUGGACAACAAAGGGCCACAAUCGUGCCUAUGCUACGGCUGCGUUGGCCGAACAGAAUGCCGUGAUUACCUCCAGCACCUACGAUCACAUUAUCCCCACGUAUGCGGUAGUCGAUAAGAAGUCUGGCCCGCCCACAGCCCAUGGCCAGUAUAUACAAUAUAAUACGCUUAUACCCGUUAGCAAAAUGGGCGCUUAUGCCAAUCAACAGCAGCAACACCAGCAGCAGCAGCAGCAGCAACAGCAGCAACAGAAGACUGAGCUCAGCUAUAGCGAGCUGGCUGCCCCACUGGUGGGCAACGCCGUCGGCGUUGGCAGUGUCCAACGCUUGACGCCCUAUUGCAGCGCCACCUUGGGACGACCCAGGCAGACGGAGCUGAAGCGUGCCGAGCCGAACAUCUACUCGCAGGUAAAUGUUAUGAUGGAUGAUGAAAUUUUGGCGGACUUACAGGCGGCCACGGCGUCGGGCAGCAGCUACGUGGCUGGCGCUGUGGUCGAUAAUGUGGGUGGGUCUGGCGGUCUAUACAUGCAGGGCUAUGCGACGCGUAUCGAUCUGGCACACCAUCCUAUGUACUCAACGAGUCCCAUGUUUGGAACGAACAGCACCAUCACCGGUGUCACCAUGUCACAUCCAUCACAAUUGGCCACCUUUUCGCCCACGCCACCGCCACCCAUUUUUGCGCACAGCGUGGUCGCUACUGGAGAUGGGCUGCUGCAGCCGGUGACGUGCAUGGGUCUGGUUGCCACAUCCUCAGCAGCAGCGCCCGGCAAUGGGCCAGUCGUUCAGCAGCAGGCAGCGGCCAACGGCGCUGGCGGAAACGGAAGCAUCGUUGGCGUCGGCGUUGGCAUGAGCCUUUAUGGUAGCGAUGUGGCCAAGCCGCAACUUUUAAAGACCGUGCCAGAGGAGAUGCAUCAUCAAUUGAACGGCGACGAGAUGCUCAUUAGCCAGGAUCGCAAUCAUGGAACGGGUACGCGAUUUUGACGUUGAAAUAUCGCUGAGCAGCAGAUGAUCUAAGCUAGAUACAAAUCAAAUCAAAAAGUGAAGAUGUGCAAUGGUGGCAGAAUAGUGAGAGCACUUAGUAAAAAUAAACUGACUAUAAGUUAUGUGAUGUGCGUGGAAAAAGUUAGAAUCUUCAAUCAAACUGCCGGCAAAGCAUUUAGUGUGGGAGUGGAUUCAAUUUUUUGAGCGAUUGGGUAGCACUUUUUAAUGCAGCAAAAAAAAAAUAAAAAAAAGAGAAGAAGCGCCAAAUAAUGUAAGAUAAAUAUUAUAACAAUAAAUAUGCAUGUAAAAUGUUAGGUUUAUGCGAGCGAAAAGCCAAACUCAAAGAAGAAGGAAACAGAGAGAAAACUAAAAAAAAUUCCAUUAGGUUUAAGCGCCCGUGUAAAAAUUGAAUAAUAAUAUUUAGAGAAAAAACAUAAAAAUGUAUUAUAAUUAACUUAGAUGUACGAUGUGAACACUGAAUUGUUAAUAUAUUUUUAAAUAACAGCUUUAAGCGCCAAAAUCUAGACAACUUUUAGCUAAGUGAAAACAAAUUCAUGAUUGUUAUUAGUUUAUGUUGAGGAGUAAGCAAAACCCCCAGAGACAUUUAACAUUUAGCUUGUUCUUACGACAUAAAUACAAUUUAUUACACAUACAUACACACAUAUAAAUCAAAUUCAUCUAGUCCUAAGGCCCAUUUAGCAUAGCAGAAAAUGUAAUUAAAGACAAUUUGUUUACAUACUCGUCUAACGUCUAACAAAAGGCAUAAAGAAUUUAAAAACAAGCUAAAUUAAGUGAACUUAAUAAUAAAUGGUUAACUAAACAGAAAAUAAUUCAAUUUAGCAACGCAACGUUUGCAUUUAUACGUAAAAAAACGAAGGAAAAACCAAUCUUGGUAGCA